AUGUCCGAAUCACCAAAAGAGAGAAUACCAGAGGAAGAUGACACUACAGAAGCGCCUCUCACCAUGGCAGCCUCAGUCGUGCUGACCAACCUCCCCAAAGACGCUUCGAAAGCGUUGGAAGGAGCAGGAAACCUCGCUGUUCAGAAAGUAACAAUCCGUCUACAACCCAUAGGCUCAGCCCCCCACCUAACCCAACGCAUCUUCAAGCUCUCCACCAACCAGUCUUUCGCAACAAUAGUACGUUUUCUGCGCAAGAGACUGGGUGUGAAGGAGCAUGAGAGUGUGUUUUGCUAUGUGGGUAAUGUGUUUAGUCCUGCGUUGGAUGAGGGGGUUGGGAAUCUGUGGAGCUGCUUUAGGCAGGGCGAGGAGUUGGUUGUGGGGUAUGCGUUGGCUCCGGCUUUUGGGUAG